AUGGCUUAUCUGAGCAUGUGCCCCCUGCACCAAGAUGGAGUGGGGGCUUUGAAGCUGAGGGCUUCGGCUGAAGCUGACCAGCCAGCUGGAGUCUGGAUUCUCCCUGAAAGGGCCGUUCCCACAUCGAUGGGGCCCUUCACAAGGUCGGCGGAAUGGAGAACGACAACGCUCAAGCCACACACUCUCCCUCACUUCUUCGCGCCACCGUCACUCCGGAGAAGAGAAGGGAGGGAGAACAUGUUUGAGGAGGUCGGCCUCUUUUGCCGCUGCGGCCUAUGGUUUUCGAGGCUUCUCCAGCAUGUGAUAGACAGGCCACCAAGAGUGUACAGGAGUGUACAGGCGCAAAGAGACUGUACCCAUGUAGUAGAGAAGGGGCACCUCGCCGAGGUGGUUCGCCGAGGUGCUGGACAGUGA